CAGGUCACCAUCAGCUGCUCCUUCAGAGUUGAUCAUCAUCCUGUCAAUAAAACAAAGCUGUUUCGAGCUUUUAGAGGUUCCACUGCUGUUCCAUAAAGAACGAGUUGGAUGCUGAUUGCACCACAGUUCGAGUCGUUCUCCAAAAUUGACUGACUCUUGAACACUCAUUCGUCAUUAGAGCUCGAAGGAUACACAGAGCAAAGAAUGCACCGACAUCGUCCUCUGAACGAGCCACCUUAAGCACCAAAAGCGAUAAGCCAUCGAAAUAAAAACCUGGAGCUCACGAAGAACCCCCCGAGAAAAUACAGAGCGGGAUGCCCCGAUUCAGGCGCCAGCUACUCCUCGAGCACCGGGACUUCAAAGUCGACGAGGACCCUCGCGGCCUCUUCCAGCGGCAGCGGAUGCUCUGAAGUGCCGGGAGCCAUGCCAGCCGAUCGAGAGUCACCUCAGCGCGCCACUGACGGCGAAUCUAUCGCGAUGACCUCAAAGCCGGUGGACGCGUGCGGUGAGUGCCGUCGCUCGCGGUGUCCGGACGAUAAUCCAGGGCGUCGUCCCAAAGGGGAAGAACAGAGGCAUCGGUGCCUCGACGGUGGGGGGGUAGUGCGGGACAACUCGCGGUGUUUUUGCGGCUGUUGCGACGGUGAUCGUGCGCGACAGCUGCAACAGAGGACUUUUGUGCACAGCGGUGGUAGUUGCGGUGCCACGAGGUGUCGUUGUGGAAGCGGUGGUGGUAAUAAGGACGAUGACAACGGGGAGAGGCUUGGCUGUGCUGCCAGUGUCGUCAGAUGGAGACCCGGACGCGGGGGUGGUGACGGUACGACGACGGCGAGGAGCAGGUGGUGGUCGUUUCAAAGGGGAAUCGUGGUCGCGUUGCUCCUGCUGAUGCUGAGUCUGGGCCCGGUGAGCGCUAGUUUUCACAAGGCGCUCAACAAGGCUGUGACUGAGGAUCCCCCGGUGACGACUAAAAAUAUUACGACGCGAGUGUGCCAAAGUAUAGACAUAAGGAACAGGGCGACCGAGUUCGAUAAGCUGACGGGCUGCCGGGUCGUCGAGGGCUUCAUUCAGAUCCUCCUGAUCGACGAGCCCAACCACGCGGUUUUUGACAAGAUCAUCUUUCCGGAACUCGUGGAAAUCACUGGGUAUCUGUUGCUCUUUAGAGUACCAGGAUUGCGAAGCAUCGGCCAAUUGUUUCCAAACCUGGCAGUGAUAAGGGGCAGCCACAUACUGUACAACUAUGCCCUGGUGGCCUUCGAGAUGGAGGACCUGCAGGAGAUAGGAUUGUACUCGCUGACCGACAUCGUGCGUGGCUCUGUGCGCAUAGACAAGAACAAGAGGCUCUGCCACGCCGAUACCAUCGACUGGGACAUGAUAGCGCAAGCAGGCAAGGGCGAGAACUACAUCGGGACGAACAAACCGUCGAACGAGUGUCCGGUUUGCGACAAGAGCUGCCCGGAGAGGCCAACGAAGCCCGACGAGAGACUGUGCUGGAACCAAAUGAAAUGCCAAAAAAUAUGCAGCAAGUGCGGUGAUCGCACGUGCACCCCGAGCGGUGAGUGCUGCCACGAGUCGUGUCUGGGUGGCUGCAACGGCGACACCGCGUUCAAUUGCACCGUUUGCCGGGACGUGAUGGUCAACGAGAAUUACUGCGUUAACAAGUGCCCGGAGGGCAUGUACAUGUAUCUGAGCCGGCGAUGCGUGACGGCCCAGCAGUGCCGCAUGAUCAGAAAACCCCGCGAGAUCGUCUCCGACAAGCGUUCCAAUCCCUACAAGCCCUUCAACGGCAAGUGCGAGAUCGACUGCCCCUCCGGCCAUGAGGAGGUCGUCAUCGAUGAUAAUUAUUCGUGCAAAAAGUGCAGCGGCCGUUGCUUCAAGGAGUGCCAAGGCACCGUAGUGGACAACAUGAACUCGGCCCAGAAAUUGCGCGGCUGUACCUUCAUCAACGGUAGCCUCGAGAUAGCGAUUCGCGACGCGACUAACGUCGUCAAGGAGCUCGAGAUAAGUCUCAGUCAGAUCGAGGUGAUAGCCGGCUACCUCCGCAUAUUCCGCAACUUUCCCCUCGUCUCGCUCAACUUUCUCAAAAGCCUCACCGAGAUACGGGGCAACCACCUCGACAUGAAGGAGUACAGUCUGGUCGUUCUCAACAACCCGAACCUCCAGGAGCUCUGGGACUUUACCAAUCGCUCGCGGCUCAACAUCUCGGCGAGGGCCGGCAACGAGCCCAAGGUGCUUUUCCACUACAACUCCAAGCUCUGCUAUCAGGCGAUUGAACAGCUGCGCGAGCAGACCGGGCUCAAGCCGUUCAGCGAGAUCGAGGUGUCGACGUCGAGUAACGGGGACCGUGCCUCCUGCAACAUCACGACACUCAAGAGCGAAGUUGUCAAUACCACCUCGAAAGUCGCCCUUGUCAUCUGGGAGGCGUUCAGGCACCACGACGCCCGCAAACUGCUCGGCUACACGAUCUACCUGAAGGACGCGCCCGUUCAGAACGUUACCCUCUACGAGUCGCGUGACGCCUGCGGUGGCGACGGCUGGCGCGUCCUUGACUUCAUAUCCGAAGACGAUACGACACCCUACAUGGUACCAGCCAACGCGCUUGAAGACCUCUCGACCAACGUCAACUCCACGGUGUACAACACCGACAAGAGCAACGUCACCCUUAAGAGGUUUCUAACCGAUCUGACGCCGCACACGCAGUACGCGUACUACGUGAAAACCUACAUGAUAUCGGGGGAGCGCUCGGGUGCCCAGAGUCCGAUCAAGUACUUCAGGACCCUGCCCGGUCAGCCAUCCCCCGUGAGAGCUCUCGCGGUUUACGCGAGCAAAAGUGACACCCUCGUGAUCGAAUGGCUACCACCCACCGAGCCCAACAGUGUACUCACGCACUACAAGGUCUCCGGCGUUCUCGACACCUACGACAUGAAUCUGUUCAAGUCCAGGGACUACUGCGAGGAGCCAAUCAGGCCGGAGUUCAAACUUCCCCAAGAUGUAGCUGCCGAGGGCAAGGAGAAGGCCCAAAAGGAGCUGCAGGCGUCCAAGGAGCCCGAGUCGGUUCCGUGCUCUUGUGCCAAGGCGGCUCCUGUCCAAUCGGAGAACGACGUUUACACGACUAUCGCUUUCGAGGACGCGCUGCACAACCAGGUCUACGUCAAGCGCAACAGCCGGCGUAGGCGCGACACUUUUCCCACGAGCUUCAUGCUCGAGAGCGUGAGGGCGAAGCGCGGCAUCAACUCCUUGCAGGAAAAGGACGUGAUAAGUCACAACAAGAAAACCGACGAUCUCGAGACGAAGAAGCGCGAUCGUACGGAUCUGUUGAAGAAACCGGCCGAAUCUGGUAUGAACGAUAACGGCAAGAGUUUCGUCUUCAUAGUGUCGGCUAAUCAGACGCGCCUCGUCAUACCCAAUCUCCGUAACUACGGCAAGUACCAUAUCGCGGUGUCGGCCUGCCGUGAUGCGAACACCAACAAGCUCGAGAAGGAAUGCUCGAACCAGGCGGUCAGGUCGUACCAGACGCUGCGCAAAAUGCUCGCCGAUGAUAUUCCGGCCGGCUCGUUACGGUUGAUCAAGUUGUUCGUCAACAAUUCGACCCCGAUGAUCAAGCUCACCUGGCAGGAACCGCCCCAUCCCAAUGGCAUCAUCGUCUCGUACAACAUCGAGUACAAGAGGGUCGACGUAUCUGGCCACAAGAAGGACACAUUAUGCAUAACGAGCGAGGAGUUCCUGAAGAACGGCCGAACGUUCACCAUGCCGACGAGCCUAGCACCUGGCAAUUACUCGGUGCGCGUGCACGCGACGAGCUUGGCCGGGCCAGGAACUCCCACGCCGAUCCACUACUUCGACAUACCCGAUUACUCCGUGAGCAUGCCCCUUUGGAAGUUCGUCUUGGUUUUAUUCUUGUGCACUUCCAUGGUCGUGGGCACUGCCUCGGGUGGCUUGUACUACUGCAACCGUAAGUUCUUGAACGGCCCCAACAACAACGGUAGCGUCAAGCUCAUCGCCACGGUCAAUCCGGAAUACGUGACAACGUACACGGCCGACGAGUGGGAGGUGCCGCGAGACAAGAUCGAGAUACUGAAGGAGCUCGGCGCUGGCUCCUUCGGCAUGGUGUACGAGGGCAUUGCCAGGGAUCUCGUCAAAGACAAGCCCGAGACCAGGUGCGCCAUCAAAACUGUCAACGAGAAUGCCUCCGAUAGGCAAAAGCACGAGUUUCUCAACGAGGCUGCUGUCAUGAAGGGCUUUCAGUCGCACCACGUGGUAAGACUGCUCGGCGUUGUGUCAGAGUCCAAGCCCACCUUGGUCGUGAUGGAGCUGAUGCUUUAUGGCGAUCUCAAGUCUUACCUGCGCAACCAUCGGCCUGACGAAGGCCACGAGGAGCCACCGCCGUCGUACGAGCGCAUCAUGCAGAUGGCGAUCGAAGUCUCGGAUGGCAUGGCCUACCUUGCCUCGCGGAAGUUUGUCCACCGUGAUCUCGCGGCGCGCAACAUCAUGGUCUCUGAGGAUCUGACCGUGAAGAUAGGAGACUUUGGCAUGACCAGGGACAUUUACGAGACGGAUUACUAUAGAAAGGGAACCAAAGGCCUGCUGCCCGUCAGAUGGAUGCCACCCGAGAGCUUGAAGGACGGUGUCUUUACCUCCAUGUCGGAUGUGUGGAGUUUUGGAGUGGUACUUUAUGAAAUGGUGACUCUGGCCUCGCAGCCCUACCAGGGCUUGAGUAACGAUCAGGCUUUGAAGUACGUGAUUGGUGGCGGUGUCAUGGAGCGACCGGAUAACUGUCCAUUGUACAUCUACGAGUUGAUGAGACAGACUUGGAUGUACAAGCCAAGUGAAAGACCGACUUUUAUCGAUCUCAUUGAGAAGCUUCUGGAAUACAUAAACGUCGAGCCUUUCAAGGAAGUCAGUUUUUACCACAGCUUGGAGGGCACAGAAGCCAAAAAUCACAACGAUCUGUACAAAGGCAAUUUAAGUAAAAUGGCGAUGGAAAACCAUCAGCGAGCAGUUAAAAGGAACCAACAGAUGAACAUGCUCGAGACGCACAGCGAAGCUCCAGAGGACGCGGGCGAGAGCUCGCCGUUGCGCCAGGAUUUCAACCAAGAUUUCUCAUCGUCGUUCGAUCCGUUGAACAACGGCAAAGCUACCACGGAAACGAGCAUAGCUCCAUUGAUGGAGAGCCACUACAGCAUGGAGCCAUUCGACUUCCACAAAACAGUCUCGAACUCGCCGCGCGCUCCUCUCGGUUUUCUGGACCUCGAUUCGUCGAAAACGCCACUGAAAGCCGGCUUCGAUGAUUUUGACGUCGUAUCUUCGGCCGCAGCCUCGCUCGCAUCCAGCAAGGACACCCUGAAUUUGCCCUUUGUCGAGGACAACGUCGGCUCGGUCAAGAGUUCCCCCUACAACCGCAAAGAGUCGUCUUCCCGUGGCAGCGUGAGCCAACGCUCGGCCAGUAGGACGUCGCUCAGUCCUCAGAGCCCCAGUAUUAUGGUUGGCCCGAGUAGUCCCGGAAACAGACCAAGCCCGUCGCUAGUCGCGAGCAGCCGGUCUGACCUCGAGUCGGAUAACCGCAGCCCGAAUUACGAGAACCACAGUCCCGAGCUCGUGCAAGGCUCGUCACAGUUUCACGGCAGCCGCACGAGCUUGCGAGUCGGUGGUAGCAACAGCGGCAGUAGCUUUCCCUCGAUGGAUACUCUCAACUCGAUCGAUCUAGCGAGCAGUCGUCGUCGUGGCACCAGCUCCUCGCCCUUGGCCUCGAUAACGACGCCGACGCCGCUGCUGACGGUCAAUAUGGAUUCUUUGUCUGUCAUUCAGCAGCGAGACGGCAAACAGCAGGAACUGGAACAGCCGGUCGUCCCGACGAGUUUAAACAAUGGGUACAUAAGCGGCGGACCGGCCACGUAGCCAUGCGUGCCGGCCGCCACCGCCGCCGGCAGCGUUCGCAAACCCGUCAGCACUUGAGGGCCCAAUCCUCUCGUAGUAGCCACCUUUUCCUAAUGCCGUUGAAUAGUAACGUAAACCCCCUCCUCGUUUCGGGAUGCUCGGUGCGCUCCUUAAAUAUUUCCUAUAUCUCGCAAUACUCGUGUAAAGCGGAUUUCUGUGUUGCUACGUGACUGACGUAAUAAUAGUAUGUAUAUAGCCUCGAUCGAUGACCGCAGCGUCAUGCUUGGGCUGAAUUUGACGAGUUUUCGGCUUUUGUAUACGAGUGAAUCCAAUAAUAUUUGGUGCAUCGGAAAGACUGAAGUCUAUUGCUGACUGUAAAAAAAAAUUGUUUAUUUUUCACGAAUAACUAUACAUACGCGCGCGCGCGUGUGUGUGCAUCUACAUGUACUAUAUAUACAUGACAAAUUUAGCUGAAGUUGGGCCGCUGAUUUUCACUCUUUCAACGAUGAAGCAAAAUACAAAAGAGACAUCCCGGUUUUUUUUUUAGACUCUCUUACUCUCGUUCUUUGUUUUUAUCGUAAUGUAAAGCGAGUACAGAGCGUUGUAUAUUGAAAUGAUGUAUUUUUUGAGUUGACUAUUGUAUGUACAAGGUUUAAUCAUUCUUACUUUUGGGGGAAAGACACGUACUUUUAAAAGUUUUCUAGAAUAUCACGGGAUCAGGAAGCUUAAUGAAUUCGAUUUGUAUCUUAUUGAAUUGUUUGAUGUUUAUGAAUUAUUUAAUUUUCGUUUUAUUAGAGUUUAAACUUUAUGUAAGUUUUUGAACGGAAACAAAAAAUAAUUUAUGAAAUUAAAAAUUUAUCGGAAAAUUAUGUUUAACCAUACA